AUGGUGGCUUGGCUGAGGUCAUUACUCCCUCAAUUUCUUGGUGGCAAGGACGAACCGGUCAAAGAAUUUGUCCCUUCACUGGCAAAAGACGAUGGUUUCAUUCCUGAAUAUUCCAAAUACAUCAGUAUACCCAGGGCAACGACCGUUGCGCCACGGCGUCACAAUGUUAUCACAAGCAGGAGCUGCUACUCAAGGGCCGAUCCUCCCACUGACACUCGACGAGUGACCGGCCCUCCCGCUGACACUCGACGGGUGACCAACCCUCCCAAUUUUAUCAGUAGCAGGGCCGAUCCUCCCACUGUCACUCGACGAGUGACCGGCCCUCCCGCUGGCACCCGACGGGUGACUGGCCCUCCCACCGUCACUCAACGAGGCAGAAGCAGAGUUAUGAGUGACAACAGUCUGCUUCCUCCAGCGUAUACCCCUGUUUCCACACAGAGAACGAUUCACGCUGUUCCGGGGCAGACCAUCAAUAUUGUCACCAGCUCCACCACUGGUUUGAUGAUCAACCCUUACGUGCACGCUAACUAG